CAUAAUUUCCUCAUCAUCUCUCUCUCUACAAUUCUCUAUUUCUCUCUCUAGAAUUCUUGGAAGAAGGAGAAGAGAAAACCCCCAGUAAUUCAGAGGUCUCUUCUCUUCUUCUUUCUUCUGAUCAUCUGUUGUUAGCCUCCCUUGCUUUCUGUAUUCUCUGUGUCGGAAUCAUCAUCUUCAUCAGAAGAAGAAGGAGAAUGACUACUGUUAACAACAGCUACCAAGACAACAACAACAACCCGGCCGUCGCCGCCACCAAGCAGCCUCUGCCGCCGGCCAAGAGCGUUGAUACGCAGUCUGUGCUUAAAAGGUUGCAAUCUGAGCUUAUGGCCCUAAUGAUGAGUGGUGAUGGUGGAAUAUCAGCAUUUCCUGAAGAAGACAACAUCUUCUGCUGGAAAGGCACAAUCAAUGGAAGCAAAGACACAGUAUUUGAAGGAACUGAGUAUAAGCUCUCUCUUUCAUUCCCUACUGAUUACCCCUUUAAGCCUCCCAAAGUGAAGUUUGAAACAGGCUGCUUUCAUCCUAAUGUCGAUGUUUAUGGCAACAUCUGCUUGGACAUUCUUCAGGAUAAAUGGUCAUCUGCUUAUGAUGUGAGAACUAUCCUCCUAUCCAUCCAGAGCCUACUGGGAGAGCCCAACAUAAGCUCACCUCUCAACACUCAAGCAGCAGCUCUAUGGAGCAAUCAAGAAGAGUAUAGGAAGAUGGUGAUGAAGUUAUACAAGGCAGUUUGAGAAGUGUAGAAGAGGAAACACAACCACACAAUUUUCAGUCUUUUCUUGUUUUUAGUGUGCCUUUAAUUCCUUUAAUUUUUUCUCUUUUCAUCCCUAAACUUCUUGUUGGCCCAUUUGCAGACAACAAAAUCUUCUUAUUAAGUAAUGUUGGCGGAUUUGACAUUGGCUUCA